AACGUUACAGAAGCAGAAUUGUGAGCGCUCCCUCUGUCUGAUCAUCAAUAUAUCACCACCAUGUCGACUCUGAAAUCCUACGCUAAAGGUACCGAGAUGCCGGCUUUGACGCCCGGAAAACUACGGCUAUACAGCAUGAGAUUCUGUCCUUUUGCUCAACGAACAAGACUUGUACUGGCACACAAAAACAUUGAAUUUGAAACGGUAAACGUUGACCUGAAGGAGAAACCUGAAUGGUUCCUUGAGAGAAAUCCGCUAGGAUUGGUACCCGUUCUGGAGCAGGACGAUAAAAUUAUAUACGAAUCUGCUGUCACGUGUGAUUACCUUGACGAUGUUUACCCAGAAAACAAACUGACCCCGUCUGACCCCUACAGCAAAGCUCGAGACAGGAUCCUCAUGGAAAUGUUCAGCAAGCUGGUGACACACUACUACGGGACGUUUAGGAGCAAAGGCAAAGACCCCGAAGCUUUGGAGAGUAUGUGGAAAAAUAUGUUACCGUUUGAAAAAGCCAUCGCAGAAAGGGGUACCUAUUUUGGAGGCGACAAGCCGUCGAUGUUGGACUUCUUUGUGUGGCCGUGGUUCGAACGAAUGGCCGUCAUGGUAGCAAUGAUGUCCGAGGUGAACCCUUUCCCUGCUGAAAAAUUCCCCAAACUUACAGCAUGGGUAGAAGUGAUGAAAACACUACCCGCUGUCAAGGAAACCAUGUUCGACACCACUACACAUUUAAUUUUCCUACAAAGCAAUGCAGCAGGGAAGCCCAACUACGACAUUGGUCUGACAAUGUGAUGUGUGAUACCGAACAAGCUUGUGUCCUAUCACACAUGGAAUGUGCAUUGAAUAAUAAUUGGCAAUUAAACUAUCAAAAGAUACAAACGUUAAACGCAAAAAUGAAAAGUCAAUCGAGUUAACACAAUGAGGUAAUAUGAACUUUAUUUAUUUACAAUAAUUGCGAGUCAAGCUGUAAUCGCCCCUCAACAAACAAGUUAUUCCAAAUUGUAUUAAUCACUCUUGUUAGCCUGAAUGUAAGCGCGCGAAGGGGCUUGCUGUUAGGAUACAGUAGUAUUCUGGUUAACCCAACGUGGUCGGGCAGGUAUUACAGAUGAUUGCUAUUUUAAAUGACACUGUUAUAACUACAAUAAAUUAUU